AUGGAUGGGGUGGCUGGAGGCACGGGCACCCCGGGCAGUGCUGGGGGGUCCGGGGGUGGCAGCCUGCCCCGGCGCAGCGCGGGGGACUCCAAGCGGCGCAGUAAAGGCAGCAGCCUUCCCUCCUCCGGCUACCGGCUUUCCCAGGCCUCCCUGGAGGGGGAGCGGGGCUCCGUGGGGGGCGACAGCACCGGGAACAGGCGCCGCCUCUCCAUCAUGAGCGCCUCCAACAGGGACAGCCUCCCAUUCCUCCGCCCCGCCGGGACCCCCACCACACCCAUCGCCCUGCCUCCUCCUCCCAUCUCCUCCCCCGCUGGCAACUCCUCCUCGUCCCUGCCCCCGCCGCGCUCUGUCGGCGUCCGCUCCGCCCUGGCCUCCACCUCCUCUGCGGGCACCGGGGUGCUGGUGGUGGCGACGGGCGGAGCCACGGAGACCACCACCACCACCACCACCACGGCCUGCAAUGCGGCCGGCGCGGCCGGCAGCCCCCAGAUGGGCGGCCUGGCGGGGAUGGGGGUCUUCGGCAUGGGGCUGGACGGGGGCGAGGACUACAGCUACUCCAACCAGAGCACCUUCAUCCAGAGGCAGUUCGGGGCCAUGCUGCAGCCCGGGGUCAACAAGUUCAGCCUGCGCAUGUUCGGCUCCCACAAGGCGGUGGCUCUGGAGCAGGAGAGGCUGAAGUCGGCCGGCACCUGGAUCAUACACCCCUACAGCGACUUCAGGUUCUACUGGGACCUGCUAAUGCUGCUGUUGAUGAUGGGGAACCUGAUCAUCCUGCCUGUGGGCAUCACCUUCUUCAAGGACGAGAACACGCCCCCCUGGAUCAUCUUCAACGUGGUGUCGGACACGCUCUUCCUGGUUGACCUGGUGCUCAACUUCAGGACCGGCAUCGUCAAGGAGGACAGCACGGAGAUACUGCUGGAUCCACGGGCCAUCCGCCAGCGCUACCUGAAGAGCUGGUUCCUGGUGGACUUUGUGUCCUCCAUCCCGGUGGACUACAUCUUCCUGAUGGUGGACCUGGAGGCCCGGCUGGACUCGGAGGUGUACCGGACGGCCCGGGCGCUGCGCAUCGUCCGCUUCACCAAGAUCCUCAGCCUGCUGCGGCUGCUGCGCCUCUCCCGGCUCAUCCGCUACAUCCACCAGUGGGAGGAGAUCUUCCACAUGACCUAUGACCUGGCCAGUGCCAUGGUGAGGAUUGUCAACCUGAUAGGGAUGAUGCUGCUGCUGUGCCACUGGGACGGCUGUCUCCAGUUCCUGGUGCCUAUGCUGCAGGACUUCCCCUCUGACUGCUGGGUCUCCAAGAACAACAUGGUGAACGACACCUGGGGCGUGCAGUACUCCUACGCGCUGUUCAAGGCAAUGAGCCACAUGCUGUGCAUCGGCUACGGCGCCCAGGCUCCCGAGGGCAUGACGGACGUGUGGCUGACCAUGCUCAGCAUGAUCGUGGGCGCCACCUGCUACGCCAUGUUCAUCGGACACGCCACCGCCCUCAUCCAGUCGCUGGACUCGUCCCGGCGCCAGUACCAGGAGAAGUACAAGCAGGUGGAGCAGUACAUGUCCUUCCACAAGCUGCCUGCGGACGUGAGGCAGAAGAUCCACGAGUACUAUGAGCAUCGCUUCCAGGGCAAGAUGUUUGACGAGGAGAACAUCCUGGGAGAGCUGAGCGACCCGCUCAAAGAAGAGAUCGUCAGCUUCAACUGCCGCAGCCUGGUGGCCAACAUGCCGCUGUUUGCCAACGCCGACCCCAACUUCGUGACGGCGGUGCUCAUCAAGCUCCGCUUUGAGGUGUUCCAGCCGGCGGACUUCAUCAUCCGCGAGGGCACGGUGGGCCGCAAGAUGUACUUCAUCCAGCACGGCCGCGUCGGCGUGCUCGCCCGCGGCAACCGGGAGACCAAGCUGAGCGACGGCUCCUACUUUGGAGAGAUCUGUCUGCUGACACGGGGUCGGAGGACGGCCAGCGUCCGGGCGGACACCUACUGCCGGCUGUACUCGCUGAGCGUGGACAGCUUCAACGAGGUGCUUGAGGAGCACCCCAUGAUGCGGCGCGCCUUCGAGACCGUGGCGGUGGACCGACUGGACCGCAUCGGCAGGAAGAACUCUCUCCUCCUGCGGAAGUCGUCCCAGGGCGGUUCGCUGGCAGGGGGCAGUAUAGGCCGGGGCGGGGGUCGUGGUGGAGGGGGCCCCGGGGCCGGAGCAGGCCUGGCCAUGGGGGGCCUGGGAUCCUGCGACAGCAUGCUGGUGCAGCAGAUCGUCAAACACGACAGCAUGCCCGCCAUGCAGGAGGCCAUCGCUGCGGCCGCCGCGGGACGGGGCGGGGCCCUGGGGGGAAGUGGCAGCGUGUCCCCCAGGCCCCGGCCCGUGAUCUGGGCCCCGCUGGUACACGCUCCCCUGCAAACCGCAGCCGCCACCACUAACGUAGCCAUCGCCCUCAUGCACCAGCAGCAGCAGCAGCAGCAGCUACUGCAGCAGCAGCAUGCGCUAGGUGGGGCAAUAUUCCUGCCUUCCCCUCUAAUCUCUCCUUCCCCCUCCUCUUCGUUCCCCAUGUCUCCGCCCCGCGGCCCCGGGCUGCAUCCCCUCCGGCCCUCUGUCAGCUCCCUCAUCGGGAUGAUAGGGGUGGGCGGGUUGGGAGGCCUGUCCCAAAGAGGGGGGUUCCCUGGCUCCCCCUCACAGAUGGGCACUCCCCUCUGCGGGGGGCUGACAUCCCCGCCGGUGGCUCAAGCCCCCAGCGCCGCUUCUCCAAUGAUGCCAACGGCUCACCUGGGAAGGACGCAUCAUUACAGCCUCCGCCUCCAGUCUGACAAUCCCUCGAUGAUUGGUGGACCUCCUGGAACGCCCACAAGCGGAGGGGCCACCACUCCUCCGCUGUUCAAAGUAGCAACAAACAACCCUCCCGCCGUGCCGUGUGCCCCUCCCGACAGCAGCGGCUACACCGUUAGCCAGCAGGGCGCUAAGGAAGCACUGCUACGUCACGGAGGAGCCGGCUCUCAGGGCCUGCCCGCCCUGGGUCGGCUCACCAAGGAGGCCAGGCUGCUGUCGGCCUCACAGCCCACUCUGCCUCACCGCUCCUGGGUCGGGGUUCAUCCUCAUCCCCCUCUGCACCGGAAGGCUUCUGGGGGCAACCUGCUGCCGCCCCCUUUCUUGGUGGGCGGACUGGCCAGAGGCGGCAGCGCAGGCAUUCUGAGCUUUAAUUCAAACGCUUCACAACUGCCAUUGGCUGUGCCUCCCUUUGGCGGUCCCCGGGCCCAGAGCAUAGCCCUUAUUCAGCCCCCAGUAUGCAUCACUGCACCUGUCCACCCCUACGCCGACCCCCACUGCGCCCCCAUGCCUGCACACCCCGCCACCAUCAUGGGCACGGCCAUGCCCACCACGGCAGUUCCCUUACCUUGCUCUCCCAAGCCAACUCCCCUCUCCCCGGCCGGCCCCGCCCCCACCCCCUCCACCCCCCCCGCCGUGCUCUCGCCGACCCCCCGGCCAAAGCCUGGUCCUCCUAUUCCUUCUCGCGCCUCCUCUCCCCCGUGCAGCUCCACGCCUCAUCCAUCCUCGAGCCCAGUGCCUUGCCCCAAGCCCAUCCCUCCACCCUCCCCGCGCUCCUCCUCCCCCUCUCCCUGCUCCACCCCUCCUCCUCCGCUGCCCUCCGUCCCUACCCCCGCCCCCAUGCCUCCAACCUAUGGGGCGAGGUCACCGCUCACCAGCUCCUCUCCCCCCUCCUCCCCCCCAGCCUGUCCCCAGAGUCCCAGGGCCAAAGCCUCCCACACGCCUCCCCCCCCGUCUCCCCUGUCCGGCCUUAGUCCCGCUCAGACUCCCACCCCCCCUCCCACCCCGCCCCGUCCACACACCCCUACGUCCACCCAAAUGCCCCCUCCUGUCUCCGCCCUACCCCCUGGCCCCCCUAGCUCCGCUCCGUCCCUGGGUGCCGGUCAGAGCCUGAACCCAGCUCAUGCUACCCCUCUAUCCCCCUCCCCACACCCAGGUCAAUCUCCCAUCUCUCCCCCCGUCCAUCUCUCUGCCCCCGCUUCACCUAGGGCUUUGACCCCCAGCUCAGCCCUUGCCCCUUCCCAGAUGCCAAGACAGUCCCCGACCCAGAUGCCCUCAAUGAGCCCGGUUCCAGCCCCCAACCCUUCGGCUACAGCUACUAGACCCCCCAGUAAAAUAAAGUUCUCAGUGCAUCCCGUGCUUCAGUCUCCUACCGGGCCUUCGCCUGCUGCAGGCAAUGCUGCAAAACAACCUGAAGCAACCCCCAGCGCUGCUAACUCCAACCCCAUCAACACCACUGCCACCACCACCGCCACCACCACCACCACCCCCACCACCCCCAACACGUCUGCGGUCCAUGCUGCAUCCUCCUCCAAUACCCCCAACCAAGCGCCGACCACCACUGCUAUUCCGACCCAUUCUCCAAAACUCGGUGCACACCCUGCACACACUGCCCACAGCGCUCAGCCACCCGCCCAGCCACCUGCUGCGACCUCCCACGGAGCAGCCCUCCCCCAGGCAGCCGGUCCCCCGGCCGCCACCCAGACCGGCUCCCACAACACUGCCAAGAAAGACCCAGAGCUGCCUCUGGCCAGGAAGGACUCUGAGGGACUGAGACACAAACUCGCUGCCAACAUGUAGAGGAGAAGGAGAGUGGAGGGAGAGAGCCAGCAGGUCCCAGCGGAGCUCAUGAACUGGUUUUGUAGGGGCUCUGGGUUUUGUAGGGGCAGCUGUUUAGCAGAGCAGUUGGGGUUUACAGGUGUUUAAAGCUGUUUUCUGUACCCCUUUCUGUUGGAGAUGAACAUUACUUGAUGAGACGGGUUACCGCAUCAUUGACAUGUUGUAUCUGACUCACAAUCACAGACUGAAUGUGAUUCGUCCUAAGUGAUGAGAACAACAGGUGUUUGUGAGAUUCUUGACGAAGCAAUCAAUCCAGUAAGAUGCUAUAUGUAUAUUUAGCAGGGCAGUCUAGGGUAGGGUUAAAGGUUGAAUCAAAGUGUAAUCAUAUCUGUGAUUGUGGAGGAAGGCAGGGGAGCUGAAGGGGAAAUGACAUCACAGCACAGAUGUAGGCUAAAGCAAUAGCUGGGAGUCAGGAGAGACGGUUGUAUAUCUGUGCAUUUUCUUAAUCAUAAAAAACAAUAAGCUUUUAGUCUUAUGAGACACUGAGAAAAAAAGGUUUAGGGUAUUAUCAGAUAGCAGAAAAAGAAAAGAACACAAUCUUGUUUUAAAAAGAAGAGUGUCACUACAUUCCUCAUGCAGCUAAUCAGCAGAUACUUCCAGGUUUCCAGCUCCGCCCCCUCUCGCUUCCCAUUGCUCACCAAGGUGUAAUACUUUAUCACCGGAUCAAUAGCUAUAAGGUUGUAUUGAAUUAUUACUGUGAAGUUGUUCUCAUAGCAAUCCAAACUAUUAGCAGCAGUUCUCUCGUAGUUUUGUUGUUCCAGAUGCGUGGUGUUUAGCUUUUUUCGAGUAAGACAAAAAAAGUCUUAAACCUUCAUGGUCACACUGCAAAAAAAACUGUUUAAAGAAGGAUGUGUUUUUGUGUCACAUUUAAUAUUGCUCCUUUGUACAUUGUGGCUUUGAGUUAUAUGUGCUCCACCUCACUCCUUGUAAAUAAGUUAAAGUCUGUGUUCGCCUCCUCCUUCCACACUUUGUCUUUCCCUCUCUGCCAUCUUGGCCUAUUUUCAUCUCUUUAUCAGGGUUGAAAAUCACUCCAUUCCUCUCACCUGUUUUUGUUUUUGUGUUGUUUUAUUAUGGCCACGUGCUCAGUUCCAGCCCCCUCCUCUUGUAUGUCAAUCCGCCGCGCCCUUUGUGGGAGCUCCAGUAAUGUUUGGUGUUUUGUGUGGUAGCUACCUGUUCCUAAAUUAACCCCUUGAUACCACGUUGCCUAGACUUUACAUUCAAGGACAAAAUCUUUAUUUUAUAUUUAUCUCAGCAUUAGCUUUGGAGCAAACCUACGCCUAAACAACGCUAUUAGAGAAAGAUGAUGACGUUGGUGCAAAUCAUUAGGAUGACAUAGUUUGAAAAAGAGAAAAAACAUACUUGAUGAGGAUGUUGCCGAGGAUGGUGAAGACAGCUGUAUAUCUGUGGUUGUAAGAAUAAAGCAGAUUUAUUGUUGACUAUGUGCUUA